AUGACAAAAAUGGCCGAUCCGGAGAAGAAGACUAUGAAGAAUCCGAAGGGGGUGGAGGCACAGUUUGCGGCCAUUCUUGCGGAUGCUACGAAGCUCUACAACGAUUCAUCUAACAAGGGCCUGACGCUCAAGGAAUUUCUCACGCCGCCGAUGAAGUCUGUUUCCGACCUAACACUACAGUUGACGAUCCAAAAUGACCAGUUUAGCCACUUUCGAGAAAAGCGGCAAAAGAUUUUCGACGCUGUUGGGGCUGCUCUGCGGCCGGUGGAGCUGAUAGGAGAUAUCGUGGCCGAGGGAGCUUCGGAAGUUUUCCCGCCAACACAGAGCAUCUUUGCCGCAGUUAUGUAUCUUAUUAAUGCUGCGCACGAUGUUUCAGCUAUGUACGACUCAAUAUUGGACCUAUUUGAGAAACUAAAAGACUUCACAUCGAGGCUGGACGUGUACUUGAACCACACCCUGAGCCCGGCGCUGUACGAGAAACUGGUCACCAUUCUGGCAACGCUAUUUGAAGUUCUUGUUAUUGCUACCAAAGCCGCACACAAUGGCAGGCUGAAGGCAUACUUCAAAAAGCUCAUAGGCAUUGAAAGUCCUGUCCAGGCGGCGCUUCAGAAGCUGAACGACUUAACGCUGGGAGAGGAGCGACAGGCUAUUGCAGAGACGCACGGGGGUGUUGCUGAGCUUAACGUCAAGUCAGACCGAGUGGAGGAUAUGAUUGCCCAGAUGAGCCAGAAUAUCCUGGACUUGCGUUUGGGGCAGCAGCGAAAUAGCGGCCUUGUCUUUCGAGAGAAGCUGCGAGAGAUUUUGGAGCCCACUCCAUAUGCAGAAGACUCCUACGCGGCAUUCGCGAAGCACAGAGUUCCAGGAACUGGAGACUGGCUGCUGGAAGACGAGGGUAUGAAGGCUUGGCUUCAAGAGGAAUCUCAGUAUCUGUGGAUAUGUGGCAAUCCUGGCACUGGAAAAUCUUUCUUGACAUCGCGCGUCAUCACUUGGGGCCUUGAAAACCUUCCACAUCUAGGCUACUUCUUCUUUUCCGCCAACGAUCCGGAGACGCGAUCCGUGCUGCAGGCACUGCGAGACGUCGCCUAUCAGCUUAGCGAAAACGAUGCCAUGUAUGCUGAGAAACUUUCAAGACAGCUUCGAAGCAGCGACGAAAUCAAGACCAUUCCCAGUGCAUUUAGGAGACUGUUUGUGCAACCACUACAGGAGGACAACCGCGACACAACUUUAUACAUAUUCUUCGACGGUAUAGACGAAGCGGAGCAGAGCGAUGUGGAACAACUUUUGUCUCUUCUUGCACCUGGAGAUGACGCAGAAUCAGAACAACGGCUUAAGCUGCAGUUUGCUUUUACUGGAAGGAGUUAUUUGGCUGAAACGGUGUCUGCUGCAUUGGAUCCAAAUUCAGCCGGCCAGGUGUUUACGACCAUUUAUGUAACACCGGAGUGCAUUGCAGACGAUGUGAGCGCCUUUAUUACUGAUGGCGUGCGACGCUCAAGAAUUCUCAGCCGGUCUCCAGAAGAUUUCAAGCAGGAGGUCAUCGAAUCGAUGAAGAAGCAAGUCGACGGCCUCUUCAUCUUGGCCAAAUUCAUGUUGAAUGAGAUCAAUCAGAAGCGACACCCAAGUUCAAUUCUUAGAAGCCUCAAAUCGUUUCCGAAAGAAAUCAACGGCAUGCUCAACGAGACACUUGCCAAUCUCUCUGUCACCAUCUCGGAGGAGGAUGCUCGCGACCUCACCGAGAUGCUGCGAUGGGUAUCUUGUGCUGAGGAAUCGCUCACGCUCGAGCAAUUGGAGGCUGCGCUCAUUAUGAGGUUUGGAGAUCCUCCGCUGCGACUUGAGGAAUCACUUCGAGGUCAAUAUGCGUGCUUUUUUGCGCUUGAACGUGAAGACGGCUUAACCACAGAUGACCUGGUCAAGGACUUUGCUAGAACGCAGCGAGAGGCGCACCCAGAAGGAAGCCAUAGCCCGAGUCCAAGUCCGCGUCUUCGUGCUCUGAGCGGUUCUAGUACAAGCAGUCCCAGGCGUGGAGUGAGUCCUAUGGGCCGAGAUUCAUUUGGCCUAGGCACCAGUCCGCCUACGGCUGAAUUGCCCAGUCCCCGACAUUUCAGCCCAGCACGGAGCCCUGGAAUUCUUGAUACGUCCAAUGAGAUUGAGUUUCGAUCGAACCCCUCAACGACGUAUGUGACUUUCUGCCAUGCAUCAGUGCGGCAGUUCUUUCGUGAUAGCAACGCAAACAUUACCCAUGCUACGAAGGGAGGCGUUGCGAUUGGCUUUGAUCUCAAGACGGCACGUAUCAAUAUUUUGAAGACUUGUCUACGAAUCUUUAAUGAUAAAGCAUGGUUUGAUAAGCUGGAGUUGGAUCAUGGGAAAGAAGCUAUAAAGCAGUAUGCUGCUUGGUACUGGCAAGAACAUUUGGCGGCGCUUGAUCCGGCGAUUGUUCCGUUGGAAGACAAGAAAGAACUGGGCAUGCGCAUAUUCAACAUGCUGACGAUGGAGAAUGUCAUAUAUGAUUGGAGUAUCAUGUAUGAGAAGAAUGAUGAAGGACUGGAGGUGCUUACCGACUCUAAUAUCCAAGCGCUUCAUAAAUGGCUUAAUGACCCUGAAAUUCUCAUGGGCCUCACAGCAGAAGCAAAAGACUUUGUCACAAACCAGGCGAAGGAGGAUCUCGGAAUUUGCCAAGCAAUUGGUAGAUUCUAUGCAAAACAGUGGCUGUCCAAAGACUUUAUCAGUUAUGUUCCAACUCUAUUCUGCUUCAACAUUGUCCAGAAUGUGGCUUUCAUGAGCGACGGGCAUCCCUGGUCUCAAGCGCAGAUUCGUUGGUCUGAGACGCCAAUCGAGGAUAGAGUGCGGAGAGCCAUUGAAUGGGCAAAUUAUCCUCCAACAGCUCACUCGCAUCGACGCCUAGGGAGCACGUAUCUGAUGCUCGAGCGCUACAGCGACGCUUUGAUGCAAUACAACAAGGCGCUGGAACUGGAUCCCAACAAUGUCGGGACUGCAGGUCGCAUUGCCUACUGUUUAUCCAAGUAUGGGCAUUACAGUGAGGCUUUGACCCAGGCUCUCAAGUGUGCAGAGAUUGAAGAGAAUAGUAUUCGUGAUGGAAGUCUGCAGGGGUUUGCUUUAACUAGCAGCAAUUGGCGUCUCUACAAAGACUAUCUGCUUAUUGCACGAUGCUCAUAUUUCACGGGGAAAAUGGAGCCUGCGCUCCAGUACUUCCGCAAGGCGAUUGAUAGUGCACCAAACGCAAAUCUCAAACCCUCUGAGCGUUUUGAGGCCGAGGUCGAAUAUCUAGGAGUGCUGGCGAACGCAAACCUACAUUCUGAGAUGAUGAGUCUGCUUCAAGAGAUAGCAAAUAAAGCUGAUGGCAAGGGUAAAGAACCAGACUACUUGACAGACCUUCUUCUCCAGAACUGCGAUAAGCCGCUUGUCAUGGACUUGAUCCCCAAGGCAGCCUGUAAGACGGGUAAAGUAGAGCUCAUACUGAACCAGUUCGACAAAGCCAUCGAGACUGCUCGCGGGAGCAAUCAAAUGGGCGUGCUCUAUUUGCGUCUGGCAUAUGGAACCACUCUAGCAUACAAUCGUGACCUGGAUGAUUCCAUCGAGAUUUUCGAACGGAUUUCCUUGGUUGAGUACAGGCCAAGAGGCAAUGUUCCAACACGCCAUGGACAUGCGACGUCGUUUCAAAAGCUAUCUGCCCUCUACAAACAAAAGAUUCUCCAAACCGACCUCAAGUCAUCCGAAGCCAUGGAGUGGAUACAGAAGCUGGAGCAAAUCCAGGAGAAGCAGAGCAAGAACCAGAAUUUUGAAGUGCCUGCGGACAAAUACGGCUCAGACGUCAAUAUAGCUUCCGUUUAUCUGGCGUUGUUUUAUCGCCUUCAAAAGGAGGAGCCGAAGGCAAGGCAGCUCCUUGGGAAUCUGGUCAUCAAUAGCCUCGACCUUUUACUAGACGAUGAGCCACGGAAUGACCAGUAUGCUGUUGAAAACUUGUUACAGGCAUUCAUCGCAGCCAACGACACUGAAGACGCGCAGGCGCUGGCUCGGUCCAUGAGAAAAGUCAAUCGUGUAGUUGCAAUGGCGACUCCUCUGGCUUCUCCUACGCUCACGCGAAUCGAGCCGAAGCUUCCCGACAUCCAGUCUGUUGAUAAGUGGUGUGCGCAAUGUUUGAACAACAUCUCCACAACUGAAAACAUGUACCUGUGUCGGUUCUGCGUAGACGCCUAUUGUGAAACAUGUUUGAAGGGAACAAUCCGGCAGCCUGGGAACAAGACUUGCGACCGCCGGACAGACACUGUAUGCCGUAGUGACCACGAUUGGUUUACGAUACAGCCAUUGAACCAGUUCUUGCAUACGGGGGAGAUUCUCUGGGGCGAUGGAAUGGUGAAGGAUUUUAGAGAGUGGGAGAAUGCAUUGAGGGAGAGAUGGCAUGAUGUUGGUGUAAGAAACGGGACUGUGCGAUCUGAAGCAUGUUAG